GUGACUGAAACGAAUAUGGAGGAGCACUCACAAGCGAAGCGGAGAAAGGUCCGCAAGGGCACAAGGAGCUGCUGGGAAUGCAAGCGGCGCAAGGUUCGAUGUAUCUUCAGCUCCUACUCCAAUGCCAACUGCGAUAACUGCAGUCGACGGGGAUCUAAAUGCAUCAGUCAGGAGCUCCCAGAUAGCCCUAUGCCUACAAGCAAAGAUUUGGUCGAUGCUCGACUCGACCGACCGUCCCCAGAGAACAACAUCCCCGCAGGCCCGUAUGAGAGCAUAAAUCGCGACCUUCUCGCUGCCUGGCCCAGCCAGAGGGAGCUCAACCAUAUCUACAAUCUCCCUGUUGGCAUAUCAGUAUAUAUGAACUACGAAAUCUGGGUCCCUAAUUCCCUCUCCGCAGACGACAAACUACCAACUCCCCAAGAAAUGCUCCAAUUACCAGCACCAAGCUCCCACCCCGUCCUAAUCACACGCAAACUCCUCACCCUCGCUAUCUUCCUCCAAGGCAUCCCCCCAUCCUCCAUCCAGACCCUAUCUAACCUAUCCAUCUCCUACCACGACAUCAUGACCCGCGCCGUCACCCGUGCCACCAGACUAGUGACCACAAACGACGAGCUCACGCCCUCCAUCGAAGGCCUGCAAUGCAUCAUGCUCGAAGCCCAGUACCAGAACUACGCUGGUAACCUCCAUCAAGCCUGGCUAGCUAUCCGCCGAGCCACAGCCAUCGCACAAAUGCUGUCGCUCCACCGCGGACUCCCCGCAUCAUCCCUGAAAACUCUCGAUCCAGCAACCCGCAACACUCUGAAUCCAGAUUACCUGUGUUUCCGCCUCGUCGAAAUGGACCACUACCUCUCCCUCAUGCUCGGCCUACCACCUACCAAUCUCGAACCACGGUGCCUCUCUCCUAAAGCCCUAGAAACAUGCACACCCCAAGACCGCAUGCAUCGCAUGCACUGCAUCGUAGCUGGCCGUAUCCUCCACCGCACAGAAGAUGAUAUCAACAACCUCUCUCUGACGAACGACAUCGACCAAAUGCUCCAGAACGCAGCCGCCCAGAUGCCUCCCCAGUGGUGGCUCAUUCCAGACCUAACACCCAACCAAACCCAAGCCACCAUCAUCCAGAAUACCCUCCGCCUAAACGCCCACUUCACGCACUACCAGCUCCUCCUCCGUCUGCACCUCCCCUACUUGCUCCGCUCACCCCAAGACUCUACAGCAUAUGACCAAAGCAAACUCACCAUCAUAACAGUGAGUCGCGAGAUACUGGCCCGGUAUAUCGCUUUCCGCUCCUCCAAUCCAGCGCAUUACUACUGCCGCGGGGUGGAUUUCAUUGCUUUUGUGGCGAUGACGGUGUUGUGUAUUGCGCAUAUCGACUCUUCAAGUCAUCUCCACCGCGAGAAGCAGGGAGGAAUAGGGAUAGUAGUCAGUUUCCUCGCGCAUAGUCGACCUAGUGAUCGCGGGAUGAUGGAGCGGACACUCUCUAUUAUUGAGGAUAUGGUGGAGUCAGGGUCAGGGACGGACGAGAUUGCGGGGAAAUUGGCGGGUAUAAUGAGGCAUCUGUUGGGGGUGGAGGAGAGUGCUGCCGGAGGUGUUGGGUAUGUGGCUAGGGAGAAUAUGGGUGAGGAUGGGAAGGGAGGAAGGGAGUAUGAUGGGAGGGUAGGAGAUGGAGGGAGGAGUUUGCAUGUAUAUAUUCCGUAUUAUGGGACGAUUGGGUUUGAGAGGAGUGAGAAGGAGGACAUAGGGAGUGGUGGUAUUGGUGGUAGUGAAGAAUGGGAUUUGCAUGCGGUGGAUGUGGCGCUGUUCAAUAGUUUGUUUGGAGAUAUGGGGGUUCCUGAUAUCGGGGAAGAGGGGUGGGAGGACUGGGUGGGUGUAUAG